CGGGCGGCAGGCGCAGAGCCGGCGAGCGAGCCAGCGAGCGGGAUCCGGAGUCUUGCGCCCCUGCUCCACUCCGAUUCUCUCCGUGCCAGAGCUGGGCGCGCCAGGAGCUGGGUCCCUUCUCAUCUCUCUUCCUGUCUGUCCUUUCCUGGCCCCUGUCCCUCCUCUCUUUGCCUUCACUGCUUCUACUCUCAUUCCCUGGAGACCCAGGUCUGCUGGACCCAUUCAUCCCCUUUGGGGCCAUGGGAUUGCUGCUUGGGCUCCUGGCACUGCUGCUGCUGUGGGGUGCUGUGGCUGAGGGCCCAGCCAAGAAGGUGCUGACCCUGGAGGGUGACCUGGUGCUGGGUGGGCUGUUCCCAGUGCACCAGAAGGGUGGCCCAGCAGAGGAGUGUGGUCCUGUCAAUGAGCAUCGUGGCAUCCAGCGCCUGGAAGCCAUGCUUUUUGCACUGGAUCGGAUCAACCAAGACCCCCACCUGCUGCCCGGCGUGCAUCUAGGUGCACAUAUCCUUGAUAGCUGCUCCAAGGACACACAUGCCCUGGAGCAGGCACUGGACUUUGUGCGUGCCUCACUGAGUCGUGGUGCCGAUGGCUCACGCCACAUCUGUCCUGAUGGCUCUUAUGCUACCCAUGGUGAUGCUCCCACUGCUAUCACUGGCGUCAUUGGCGGCUCCUACAGUGAUGUCUCCAUCCAGGUGGCCAACCUCCUGCGGCUAUUUCAGAUCCCACAGAUCAGCUAUGCCUCCACCAGUGCCAAGCUGAGUGACAAGUCCCGCUAUGACUACUUUGCCCGCACAGUGCCCCCUGACUUCUUCCAAGCCAAGGCCAUGGCUGAGAUCCUCCGCUUCUUCAACUGGACCUAUGUGUCCACUGUGGCUUCUGAGGGUGACUAUGGUGAGACAGGCAUUGAGGCCUUUGAGAUAGAGGCCCGUGCCCGAAACAUCUGCGUGGCGACCUCAGAGAAGGUGGGCCGUGCCAUGAGUCGUUCUGCCUUUGAGGGGGUGGUUCGAGCCCUACUGCAGAAACCCAGUGCUCGUGUUGCUGUCUUGUUUACCCGUUCUGAGGAUGCCCGUGAGCUGCUCGCUGCAACACAGCGCCUCAACGCCAGCUUCACCUGGGUGGCCAGUGAUGGCUGGGGGGCCCUGGAAAGUGUUGUGGAAGGCAGUGAGGGGGCAGCUGAGGGUGCCAUUACCAUUGAGCUGGCCUCCUACCCCAUCAGUGACUUUGCCUCUUACUUCCGGAGCCUGGACCCCUGGAACAACAGUCGGAACCCCUGGUUCCGUGAGUUCUGGGAGCAGAGAUUCCGCUGUAGCUUCCGGCAGCGAGACUGUGCCACCCAUUCCCUGAAGGCUGUGCCCUUUGAACAGGAGUCUAAGAUCAUGUUUGUGGUCAAUGCAGUAUAUGCCAUGGCCCAUGCACUGCACAACAUGCACCGCACCCUCUGCCCUAACACCACCCACCUCUGUGAUGCCAUGCGACCUGUCAACGGGCGCCGCCUCUACAAGGACUUCGUGCUCAAUGUCAAGUUUGAUGCCCCCUUCCGCCCCACUGACACUGACAACGAGGUGCGCUUCGACCGCUUUGGUGAUGGCAUUGGCCGCUACAAUAUCUUCACCUACCUGCGGGCAGGCAGUGGGCGCUACCGCUACCAGAAGGUGGGCUACUGGGCAGAAGGCCUGAGCCUUGAUACCAGCCUCAUCCCCUGGGCUGCCCCCUUGGCUGGCCCCCUACCUGCUUCUCGCUGUAGUGAGCCCUGCCUCCAGAACGAGGUGAAGAGUGUGCAGCCGGGUGAGGUGUGCUGCUGGCUCUGCAUCCCCUGCCAGCCCUACGAGUACCGGCUGGACGAGUUCACCUGUGCAGACUGUGGGCUCGGCUACUGGCCCAAUGCCAGCCUGACUGGCUGCUUCGAGCUGCCCCAGGAGUACAUCCACUGGGGUGAUGCCUGGGCUGUAGGACCUGUCACCAUUGCCUGCCUGGGUGCUCUGGCCACCCUCUUUGUGCUGGGCGUCUUUGUGCGGCACAAUGCCACGCCUGUGGUUAAGGCCUCUGGUCGGGAGCUCUGCUACAUCCUGCUGGGUGGUGUCUUCCUCUGCUACUGCAUGACCUUCAUCUUCAUUGCUAAGCCCUCCACGGCAGUGUGCACCUUACGGCGCCUUGGUUUGGGCACUGCCUUCUCUGUCUGCUAUUCAGCCUUGCUCACCAAAACCAACCGCAUUGCACGUAUCUUUGGCGGGGCCCGGGAGGGUGCCCAGCGGCCGCGCUUCAUCAGCCCCGCCUCGCAGGUGGCCAUCUGCUUGGCACUUAUCUCGGGGCAGCUGCUCAUCGUGGCUGCCUGGCUGGUGGUAGAGGCACCAGGGAUAGGCAAGGAGACAGCACCUGAAAGGCGGGAGGUGGUGACAUUGCGCUGUAACCACCGAGAUGCGAGCAUGCUUGGUUCACUGGCCUACAAUGUGCUCCUCAUUGCGCUGUGCACGCUCUAUGCCUUCAAGACCCGCAAGUGCCCCGAGAACUUCAACGAGGCCAAGUUCAUUGGCUUCACCAUGUAUACCACCUGCAUCAUCUGGUUGGCAUUCCUGCCCAUCUUCUAUGUCACCUCCAGUGACUAUCGGGUUCAGACCACCACCAUGUGCGUGUCAGUCAGCCUCAGUGGCUCUGUGGUGCUGGGCUGCCUCUUCGCACCCAAGCUACAUAUCAUCCUCUUCCAGCCACAGAAGAAUGUGGUGAGCCACCGGGCACCCACCAGCCGCUUUGGCAGUGCCACCACGAGGGCCAGCUCCAGCGUUGGCCAAGGAUCUGGUUCCCAGUUUGUCCCCACUGUCUGCAAUGGCCGAGAAGUGGUGGACUCAACAACGUCAUCACUUUGAAGAUACUGUAAUCUUGCCCUGAUGUGGCUGCUUCCUGGAACCCAGUGCAGACCCAAGUCCAUAGCCAGGAGGAAGUCGGCUGGAGCACUGCAAUAACACCACCCCAUGCCUGCCCUCAAGGUCAUACCCACCUACUCACCUACCCCUUCCAAGUCAGAAGUCAGGGUCCUUAGCUGGAGAGCCUCUCUCAUCACCACCAACUGCCCUUCAGCUGUGUCCCCUGCUUGUCAGGCCCAGGGGUCAGAGAGGAGAGAGCCAGGGUCCACUCUGCCCUGGAAAGGGGUGGUUGAAGACUAUGGGCCCCAAACCCCCAGUCAGCAAAGGUGCUUCCAGCCCAGCCCCUCCCCCCUCCUAGGGCCUUUUAAAUUUUUUAUAUAAGUUACUCUGGGAUGGGAAGGGUGGUUAUUGUGGGGGCCAUUCCUCCCUCUGCACAGUAGUUCGUCUUGUGGUUUAUUUUGUAUUAUCUGUAAAUAAAGUGUCUUUAUUUUAAA